UUGUCGAUCAUCCGGGAUAUCGACCAAUACACGUCGCUCAAUGCCGGCAGACAGCUCGAGUAUGUUUGAACCCAGGAACCUGUAAGCUAUCAGUCGUCUUCAAAUGAAGACAUGCCAUCUAGUUAUAAAUCAACUUGCUGCUCGCAAUUCAAGGGCCGCACAAACCAAAUCCUGCAGAAAGCAACGCUGUCGCUUGGACUAUGAAGGUCACGCCAUUUAUCUCCGCCAUCAUUGGCUCACUACUCCUGCAGCGCAUCAUUGCAAAAGCAAUCCCAGAAUCUGCACAAACACUCCAGUCUUCCAGCAAUUUUACGAACAAUGUUGUGUUUCGGCCUCUGCCGGACCAUGAGUCAUGGGGAACAAUAUACGCUCGCACAGUCCAGUUGCCUGAUGGCUCACAUCUGUUAAGCUGGGAGGAUUAUUCACCUGAGCCACCCCUUCUACCAUUCCCAAUAUAUCGAUCCGAAGAUGGCGGUACAACAUGGUCCAACUUUUCUCAGGUCCAAGAUCAAGUCAAUGGCUGGGGCAAUCGCUAUCAGCCUCACUUCUUUGUCCUUCCAGAGACGUUUGGUCAAUACCCUGCUGGCACCGUCAUUGUUGGAGGCAUGUCUGUUCGCAAGGACCUUGCAGAGGCAUGGCUGGACAUCUAUGCCAGUACCGACAAUGGCAAGACCUGGACUUUCGUGAGCCAUGCUGUACAUGCACCUGGGCCAGAGACGGUCAAUAACGGCGACAAAGCAGUCUGGGAGCCUUUCUUCCUAGUGCAUCAAGGUCAGCUUGUUCUCCACUUCUCAGAUCAGCGCGAUGAGAGGUACGCCCAAAAGCUUGCCCAUAUCACUACGACAAAUCUCAAGGACUGGUCUGAGCCUGUCAACGAUGUGACUUACCCGAGCUACGGAUACCGCCCAGGCAUGACCACCGUGGCGCAUAUUAGGUCAACGGGACAAUGGAUCAUGACCUAUGAGCUCUGUGGCUCACCAGAUCCUGGUUGUCCAAGCUACUACAAAGUCGCUUCGUCGCCCCUGGCCUUCGACACAGUGCAGGGUCGUUUGCUGAAAGCCGACACAGGCGAGAACCCAGGCUCCGCACCAUACGUCAUCUGGACCGAGCACCCAGAACGUGAUGACGGAUCCGGCGUUAUCAUUUUAAACGGUGCUCAGAACCAGGCAGUAUACGUGAAUGAGGAUAGCGCAGAGCCCGAUGGAUGGAGACGUGUGAACACUGAGCAGCAUAGCGCACACUCCAGAUCGCUAGAGAUAAUUGUCAGGAAUGGUCAGAAGAAGCUUAUGCUAGCUGGUGGUGGACAUAUGUCUAGCGGUGCUGACAACUUUGUUUCGGUUGGCGUUAUAGAUAUCCCAUACUAGGCAAGAGCAAGACCUUUGCUGAAUCUUACUUGAUGAAU